AAAAUGUACAUAGACGCUAUCUAUAGGUGACCAUAAUUAUUGGUAGAAUAAKUUUUGUCUAGGGUCUCGCAAAAGUUAGUACCAGCCUUGUUGAAAGUGACUAGCAAAAGGGGAAAAUAGUGCACAGAACUGAUAUUCUCUUUUCAAACAGUAUAUAGUUUGUAGUUUAUAACCUAUAUAGUUGUAUGUGAUAAUUUAAACCAUAACAAUAGAAUUUACUAUAAAUACCUUAAAUAAUGAAACCUCUGUAUAUUUUAAAACAAAUUGUAUUGCCAUAUAGAUGGAGAAGUAUUUACUGAUCCAAACUCACUUCAAAUGGGUGAAGGUGUACGUGGAAUUGGAUUCAUUAGUGGCUACAUGAAUUUACCUAGGCCUGAUUUAUAUUAUGGUGAUCAUGCAACUCUUCAUAUACCCUUAUGGAAGACAUACUAUCCACGUGGUGAUGCACCGCCUCCAUAUGAUGAAGCUAUUGCAUUACCUCACCAAAUAGUACCACAACAGUUAAAUGCACUAGUAGAUGAAGUUACAACUUACCAUAGAACUAUACCUUUCAACAUGACUGAAAUUGAACAAAAUGUUCAGCCUCAGACCUCAUGUGACCCCGAGUCUGAACCAACUACCAACCAGCAGUUUUUAGUAGACAAUCAAACGAAUAAUGAUAAAUAUCAAUGUCAUGAUAAAAUACCUACUAUUUCUAACAAUGAUUUCCGCGAAGAAUGUGAAAAUUGUAAGCACGAUCAAGAACUUGCUGAAGGGUAUGAUGAUAUUUUUCCUGAACCAGAAACAAUGACGCUAGAACGAAGACCACAAUUAUUAACUCAUGAACACACUGCAGUUGGUAUUGAAUCACGUUCUUCAAUGACCUUACCUGAUAAUGGAAGACUACGAAGGCCUCAUGUUGGUAACUUGAAAGAUAAAUACAGAGACGGGUGGUUCAAAGAAACUAGUUUAAAAGAAAAUUCAACUUCUGAUGAUGAUCAGCCAUAACCUCGGCCUUGACAGAAAAGGAUUUCCAUUUAUUAGUUUAAUACUUUGUUAUAUACUUAUGGGUAAAUAUAAAAAUUUGUUAAAUACUAUGCAUUUAGCACUAAUUUAAUUGUUGGCUUUUAUUUGUGCCAGUUUGAAAAGAAUUGUAAUUAUUUUAAAUAACUAAUUAGU